UUUUGCUGCGCUUGGAGCCAGGGGGGGAAUGGCAAACUCCUUCCUCCUUACAGCAUUUCUAGUACUACUACUGGAGCUUGUUUCAACGACAGCACAAGUUCCCAGCGGUGCCCCACGGGACGUGGCUGCCAGCGCCGUCUCUUCUCAGGCUAUCCGUGUCACUUGGAGCGACGUACCUACAGACGAGAGAAAUGGCACACUGCAGUAUUAUCAGGUUGUGUACGAGCAAUCCGCGUUCCCCGAGGCUCCUCUAUCGGGCACAGCAGAGGUAGCAGCAGACCGAGAGGACGAACUAACGAUCGAGAGCCUGGAGGAACACGUGGAGUACACAGUACGAGUCAGAGCCAGCAAUGAAGAGGGAUACGGACCGUUCAGUUCCCCAGUCUCUGUGACCACCUAUCAGGACGGUCUGUUUUCCAUCAAUGUAGCUACACCAACAAAUUAGUAUGUAGCUACAUAUGUUCAUGAUAGAACAACUGACUUAGUCAAAGUUAAAGCAGUUUGUGUUUGCCAAAUUGUUCCCUGCUGCAGUUCCAUCAUCUCCCCCUCAAAACCUCCUCCUAUCGUCACAACAGCCCCACCAGCUACUGCUCACAUGGGACAGACCGCCUGCAAUCAACAUCAACGGACCCUUACUAUUCUACUCACUGCGCUAUCACAGAAUUGGUUAUGACGAUUUUAUUUUCGACAGUGUCAACUCCAGUUCUGAGGCUAUGGUUCUGAGCAGGCUGCAUAGCUAUGCUACAUAUGAGGUAUUCCUCGCAGCUUCAACAGUUAAUGGCACCGGGCCAUUUGCUAGACAGACUGGACAAACCAUUGAAUCUGCUCCAGAGUCACCUCCACAGAAUUUCACUGCCAAUAGCUCCACCCCCUACACCAUUGUCAUGGAAUGGAGACCUCCAGACGAGUCGGAAUGGAACGGAAUACUGCGUGGGUAUCGACUCCGAUACUCCGAAACCGUUUCUGUAGAUUCAUCACCAGAAGUUUACACAUGGCUUGAGAUUCAAAUUUCCUCUGCUAAUCAAACCACGUUCACUCUGCAUGGCCUUUGCCCCUCCACAGUCUAUUGCAUUCAGAUAGCUGCAGUAACAGUAGAAUCUGGUCCCUACACAUCUCCACUGUACAUUGAGACACUAGAAGGCCCCACUACCAGUGGAAAUGGCAGUGAUACUAACAGAACAAUCAAUGGAGGUGGAGACUUGGAGAACGCUACUAUUCCACUGAAUGAGACUGUCAUUACUAGGAGAGAUUCAGUGUCGGCUAUCAUAGCUGGUUCAGUAGUGGCUACUGUGGUGUGUCUGACACUGGUAGGUGUGGCUUUUUCACUGGGAGUUGCAGCCAUCCUCAGGCAGAAAAGACGCAAAAAGAACUUUAGCCUUGCUGCAUAUUUCACCGCUCCCAUGAGUGGAGACCCACUCCACCAACAACAGAUACACUCACAGGGAGACGAGGUCUCCACUGGUCUAACCUUCACCAACCCCUCUGCACUCUCUUUUGAACUCCAACCAAAUCCUUCAUACGACCACCCUCUGCCUUCCUUACCACCACCUCCAUCCACCACUGCUACUGAAGGAGAGCUUACUCCUAGCACUGAAAAUGAGGGGCGAACCCUAUCAUCAUCAUCAGUGAUGAUUGCAGACAAUCCACAAUAUCGACAGUUUUCGUCUCAACAACUCCGUAACAGGAGCACAGGGGGCAUGGCCGGAGUAAUUAUCUCGGCCCCUGAAGUUUCGGAGGGUGAUUACGACUACCCGGCAACGUUCAGAGUCUUAGCUCAGACUCCAGAAAAUGAUCCUUACUCUGACACGAGGACCAUCUCGGACCAGAGCGAAGACCCUCCAUAUGCAACUGUCACUUAAAUCUCUAGAGGCUUUCUUAGGUUUCAUUGUGUGGUGGUCUAUUCCAUUAAAGUAUCACUUUAUAUAUUAUUCAUGUGGGAAUAAUUGGGUUUGGGUCUUUCCAUAAUGCAUAUAAUAGUUUGCUGACUUCAUCAGCAGUCAUCUUUGGAAUGAUUCUGAUAAAGAACCAUUUGCCGGCAACUUUAGCCAUUUUAGCAAAGCAAGUAUAUAUAUAUACAGUGUGGCAACGUG